CUGGCCCUUUAAAUGUACUGUCACUUCUCUGUCGACUGUUUGUACUUUUCAGUUGUUAAACAGGUCAGCUGACUGAUACUGUAACAGAGAGCUCCCUCUCUUCCCUGUGCUCUUGAUAAGUUCACACUUUCCAGGUAGACGAAUAUUUAUUUUGCAGAGAUUUUCUUUUUUUUCCAUUUCUCCGAGGGAUUUUCGGAGGAAGUCUUUGCGUCUCUCUCACAGAAUCAUCUUCAGUGGACAAUGGAUCUGUCUGACCUUGCAUUCCCUCUCUCCUCAUCUGAUGACCUUUAUGAUGACCCCGGCUUCAACACCAAUGAUCUGAACUUUUUUGACGACCUGGAUGCUCGCCUGUUGCACGCCGGCCUCCUGAAGCCAGACGACCCUCUUCAUCACCAUCAACACCAUCACCACGUGCCCGAGGAUGAGCACGUGAGGGCCCCUGAGGGCCUCCACCAGACUGGACACUGCCUGCUGUGGGCUUGCAAGGCCUGCAAAAGAAAGACAACAAAUGCAGACAGAAGAAAAGCAGCAACAAUGAGAGAAAGGCGCCGGCUUGGCAAAGUGAACGACGCCUUCGAGACCCUGAAACGUUGCACAGCCACCAGCCCAAACCAGCGGCUGCCCAAAGUGGAAAUCCUGCGCAACGCAAUCAGCUACAUCGAGUCUCUGCAGGCACUGCUGAGAACUGGCCGGGAUGACAGCUUCUACCCACCACUGGAACACUACAGCGUCGACUCAGCUGCUUCCAGCCCUGGCUCCAACUGCUCCGAUGGCAUGAUGGAUUUCACCUCCGCGUGUUCAGCCAACAGAGAAAGUGGUGACAGUUCCUACUGCGGUCAAACACCAGACGGUCCCAGAAACACCAAACCCAGCCUCAUUUCUAGUUUGCAAUGUUUGUCCAGUAUUGUAGAGCGGAUCAGCACAGACCGGGCUGUGGUUCCUCCAGGCGACAGCGUGGUCCCCCAAGGCCCUGGAUCACCUCCUCACAGUCCUGCUGUCUCCAGGCCGUCUGCUGAACCCAACAGUAUGUACGAGCCACUCUGAACCACAGGAGCCCACGACUUCGCUUCCGCUUUUUGAAAAACACUGAAACUAUUCCUUCAACGUGAUUUCUGCUGCAGUGAAGUCAGUCAUCAGUAAUGAUCAAGGACCAUAUUGUUGUGAUGUUGUGAAUCUGUAAAAUAAGAGUUGCUUAUCCAUAGUACACACAAACACAAACACACACACGGAUGGAUUGUUGUGCCAUAUGUUCAUAUUAUUUAUCACUGAAUAACACUUUAAUAAAGACAUAUUUAUAUUGUGACUUCCA